AUGGCUUCGCACGGAUUCGCACAGUUCUCGUUGUGCUGGACACUUGACCUUUAAAUUACAAUUCGUUUUGAGCAUAAUAAUAAAUGUCGACGCGAGGAACAAUGCAAUGAACUCGACCAGAAGAACUAUGAAGAGCUGUAAAAUAAUUUGGAGAGCGUUUAGUGAACUUGUAACUCACAUUUACCACUCUAGUGCCUGAAAACGCGCGUUCUUGUGCCAUGGGCUCCGUUUAUUAUCAGGAUUCAAGCAAAGUUAUGAGGAAUGAAGUAGACAUGUGAAUCAUGUAGCAGUCGCUUGGAGGUGGAAUCACGCGUCUGCUGUCUUCGGCACCUGGAACACCUGCGUGACAGGUUAUCCACGUUCACAUAGGGCGUCUUUUUCAUUUAUCUGUAUAUAUUUUUUUAUUUUUUGCAUUUAAGAUGGAGAGCGGAAAAUGUGCUUUAUAUAAUUUCACCAGUAGAUCGUCUGAGAAGAGGAUGAGAUUUCAGUCCUAAUUCACAGGAUCCUCUGGAUUUUUUUUUUUUCACGCAGGGAAUCGGAAUGAAAUCUGUCUGAAUUUAAUUCCUUGUCGUUAUAUACAUUAUUCUCAGUUAUUGCGUUAACAGCUGCACGGGCUCGUUUUACUGACUUCUCGAGAUGGCUGCGAUCGCCAGUUCUCUGAUCCGACAGAAACGCCAGGCGCGGGAAUCCAACAGCGAGCGGGUCUCUACCUCCAAACGACGCCCCAGUCCCAGCAAAGACCCCCGCUCUAUCUGCGAGCGACAUUUUCUGGGGGUCUUCAGUAAAGUCCGCUUCUGCAGCGGCAAGAAAAGACCUGUUCGCCGGCGACCAGAUGCGCCCUCGAAACCUCCACAGGUGUCCCGUAAGGGCGUCAGGCUAGGCAGGCUCGUUUGUGUGAUUGAUGGCCCUUCCAGCCUGUCUGAGAUUCUGGGGCCGCAGUGGAUAGAUGAGGCCCAUGAUGAAUAGCUGAUCAUGACCAUCAUGGACAUUCAAUACUCUUCUGAGCUCUGGUCUUGAAAGCUGUGGGACUUUGCUGCAUGCCAGGUCAUCCACGUGGCCCUCUUCACUCCUCACCUCUCAGGCCUGCCUCUAAACAUUUACUGUACCCGGUUGUACAGAUCACCGCUUCAUCAGAAAACACCUGUUAUGGCUACAGCUGGCCUUCUAAACGCCAGGUGUCCAUAGUGAAACUGAUUAAUAAGGUCGCAGAAACAAAUGUGCAGAGCUUUGUAAACACAGCCAUUCACAAAUACAUGCACUAUCACCGGAUAAGAAGUCAAGAACUUGUUUUAAAUUCUUAAUUGUUUUUUUUUUCUGUUAACAUGUUGUUGUUUUUUAACAAAAUUUUGCAAUGUGUUGGGGUGGAUUCUGAUAAAAAUGUGGGUUUGGGACGGGGCUGUGUGUUUAUUUGUUCCAGAGCCGCAGCUGAAAGGCAUUGUGACACGACUGUUCAGCCAGCAGGGUUUUUACCUGCAGAUGCAGCCAGACGGAACCAUCGAUGGCACCAAGG